GGUAAAAUGGCUGCAAUUGUGCGUCUGCUGUGUUCAGUGUUGGGGUACAACACUUCUGUGGUGCUUAUUCUAACAUUUCUUCUCAUUUGUCUUGGACUCUUCUCUAUUUUCCUCAAUGGAAAGUUAUUGUUUACUUGUAGGUAUCAAAGCUGCAACAUUGCAUUGAUUAACAUUUGCACUGGGGUCAGCGUUUUUCUGUUUGGGGUGGCACUAGCUAUAGAUUAUGAGGAUUAUAAAAGUGGGGCCCCUUUCAAAGAUGGAUUUUCGUUGACAUUUGACUGGGACAACAUGUCAUCUUUUACUCUUGCUUCAUUUGUGCUGCAUCUGCUGAGCCUUAAAACAGUUGUGUUAUGUACAGUGGCUCAAGCUAAGACAUCAUCUAUUUAUUUCAGCAAAAGUGAUAGUCAGUUACUUGCGCCAUUAAUUUCACUCUGCUCCAAGAUCUCUGGUUCUGGAUGGUUUCUUAUUGUUGUCACAUACACGUCUAUUGAAGUGGCUUACAGAUUAGUGUAUGGCGGAAUUGGUGCUGGCCCAGAAAUUUAUGGCGAUGUGAAAAUGAUUCAAGAUGAAAGGAAUUUAGUCGACAUAGCUAUGUCAAUAAUAUUACCAUGCUUUAUUCCUGCUGUGAUAGGUGUUAAACUGAUGUUUUUAGCUAAGGCUCCUGACUUCAAGGUCAAAUUUGCUCAUGUAACAACUUUUUUGUCAAUUCUAUCUUGUCUUAUGUGUAUUUUGAGUUUUUUGUCUGAUAUCACUUGGUCAGGCUAUAGAGUGUACUAUCCUUUGAAGUCUUUUAUUAUUGGUUUAAUUUCUCAAUCUUUAUUUGGCAUGGCUUUCCCUUUAAUAUAUGAUUACUAUCAUGCUUCAGGGGGAUACAAGCUUGUUGACGUACAUGACCAGUAACACAUGUUUAACCAGAUUAUCACUCAUGGAUUUCUAUUUUAAGCAUAAAAUAUAACUUUAUUUAACAUUUAAAUUUGUUCAGAUUUAUUAAAUUCCAUGAUGAUCUAUACAUUUGCUUUGAAAAUGAUUUGAUCCUGUUUUUAAUGUUGCUUGAUGAAAUGUUAUCUCUCACGAAUUUUACUCAGUUGUUGUUUUAUUCCUCUGUUUUCCUCUGCCUUGGUUUAUUGUGGUGUUCUACCAAAGCAAAGGUUUAUUUAUCACUCAAAUCACUUACAAAUUUACUUAGUCUUAAAGUUUAGAAUUAUGUCUUGAUUUAACACCAAGAGAUUUAAGUGAUGCAAUGAAAGUGCACAAUGUCUAAAAUCAAAACCAAUUCAUGCACUAGAUGAUUUCUGAAUUGAACACAAGUUAAUUAAGUAACACUGUAUCACAUAUAAAAUUAGGCCCGAUUAAUCUUAAUAAAAUUCUAAUUCAUGAGGACAUUUAUUCUAAAAUCCAUUAGGAGUAUAAGUUACUUAAAAUUAAAUAAACUAUACUUAAGUCAUCGUCAAAGUGUGACUUAAGUCAUACUCAUAGUGUGACUUACGCCUGUGUUCAAAUAAAUAGACAGACUGAGACAUAUGGGCUGCACUAUGAGCACUCUACUUGUAUUGUAAGCACUAGUUUAGUCGAUUGAUCUGCACCUCUUAAUAUAUCUCUAUGACUAUCUAUCGAAUUUGUUGUGCAUACAUAACCAUUGCCAUUUCACAUAAAACGGUAAAAACUUAACAAACUUGCUUUAUCCUCUAGGGUUCUGAUGUAGAUGUAAACAACACAAGGACUAAGAAGUCUCGAUGAAGAUGGUGGACAAAGAGAACCAACCGAAAGGUGUGCAGUUCCAGUUCAGGAAGCGCUACAGGAAAGUAGACUGGAAGCUGCUGGCCAAUGUGGACGUUGAUAAGAUAACGAGAGAACUGGACUACCAAGCUCUGCAGGCUAAUAUAAUGAACGUGGCUUUCUGCGACACUAACAGUCAGGACUUCGUGGAGGUAGACGAUGAUUUUAUCAAGCUGUACAAGCUAGGCCAGUACACUAUAGAGUACCUGCUACACUGUCAGGAGUACUUGUCACAUGGUACCGUGGAACUGGAGUCUAAACUCAGGGAAGCAAUGAGGUUUCGAAAUGAAGUGAAAGACAAAUUGGAAGUGAAACAGAAAGAGCUGACGGAUUGUAAGAAAGAGAGUAGAAAGAGAAAGAAGAUGAUAGCUGUUUACCAGAGUAUGUUGAACACUACAGGAGUUAACGGCUUCCACAAGUGCUCACACUGCGAGAAAGCAUUCGUCUCUGCUCCUUUCCUUGCUUCCCACCUGGAGAGACGACAUGGUAUUGUGCCUCAACCUGUACAGAAUACUGAGGACAAGUUGCGGAUAGCAAAUGAGGAGCUGGAAAAGGAGCUGCAGACCCUGAAGGAGAAGUACAUGAGUCUAGAGGAGCAGCUGAAAGGAGCUCAGGAGAGAGGAGCGAAGGCGGAGACACUGCGAGACUCAACAUUACAACAGCAGAUACAACAGGAAGUAGCUCACAAGACCUGGUCUAAGGAGACUGAGGAGAGAUGUGCUCAGGAGAUUGAGAAGGUUAAGGAAAUCUAUCUGAAAGAGGCAUCUGACGCGCUUGAAGAGAAACGAAUAGCCGAGCUAGCUUUGGUAGAGGCAAAGAAAGGUAUAGUGUCUAAUCUAGGAGCGCUCAGAGAUGAGAAACAUGAGCACGACGAGUUACGACAAGAACAGCUUUCUGAGCUAGAGGGACAGUUCGAAUUCAAGAUAUCGCAGUUGCAGCAGGAAAUGGAGUUACAGGCCCGGAAACUGCGGAACACCGAGGAAGAGCAUCGCCAAGCUAUUGAUGAGCUCCAGCAACGUGAGGAGAGGCUUAUAAAACAGCUGGACGGUAAGACUGUUUCGGAGCAACGGUUACAAGAGAUUCUCAAUGCUAUGGAAGUCGAAAAUGCUAAGCUGGUCCAAAUGAACAAAGAGAAGCCUGACAUCAGAUCAACAUUUUCACCGGCUGUGUUGGCUCAACUUAACAAUAUUCCUACAGUUGAGAACUCUCCUGAUCUAGAUGUUGUACAGAAGCUCCUUGCAUCUCAGCCUGUAACGAUGCUCCAAGAAUCGUCGUCUCCAGCCAAAGAGGUUCCGUUGGAAAAGCGUCAUAUUCCGUUCGUUGAUAAGCCGUACAUUAAAACGUACUACGAACAUCCCACUGAUGCUAUCGAUGCAGCCCGCAAGGAACUCCAAAACGAAAUUGCUAUUCGGCUGCUGAAUGCUACUGGUUCACCGGAUAUAGACUCGUUGUCGAACGAGGACUAUCAUCAUUAUAAAGAGCAGAUCGACAGAAACAGAAUCGCUAAAAAUACGUCUCAUGUCAUCCAACAGUUGGACUCUCAGCUAGCCGAUAUUUGCCAGCGUGUCAACUCUGGGUCUCAUCAUGGUUCCCCGCGCGGCUCGGUCUCCGCCAGCCCCAUUCCCACCACUCUGCCUCCCAAAUCUCCCUCCUUCAGGCGAUCCCGAGAAUCCCUGUCUCGGCCCAAUUCCUCUAAGCGAACGAAGACUUCCGGACCAGCUUCCUUGCAAGGAGAGUCAACCCCAAAUCAUGUCAUCACAACACCACGUGACGCCAUGGCCAAGUCACGUGAAGACUUUCAAUCUCCAUCGUCUCCGGAUUUGUCAGCAGAAAAUUUGGUCGCAAGUACUCCGAAAAUAUCAGCAAAGUCAUCUGAAAAUAUUGUUGGAACCCAACCUGAGCAUGCCUACGAUUUAGAUUUCGAUGACGAUGACGAUGACUCUGACUCGGUUGAUCAGGAUGUAUCCGAAAUAGAAUUGCCGGAUGAAUCGACAAUCCCGCGCGCCUCACAGCACGUGCUUCAAGGAAUAUCACGAGAUGAGCACGUGGAGUCAGAUGAGAGCGAGGAGAUCCCCGAGGAAGAGGCGUACUCUGAUGACAACGCUUUUGAUGACGACGAGCUGUUUGAGGAAGCAGAAAAGCCAACUCCGGGCUACAGCUUGCGAGAUCCUAAUUACAACCCUAGAGAAUUUGAAUAUUCGGAUCAUCCUGAGGUCAAAAUAAAUGUUUCUAGACUGGAUGAUGAUUCAGAGGACGAGAUGGAGGAGUCCAGGUCACCCUCUCCGGUAGUGAAAAGACGACCCACCAAUAAAAGUUAUCGGGAGGAAGAUGACAGUAUCUUCUCCUUCGACGGGUGGAGCAAAAUGAAAAACCGGAACUCGAUGAGCGCUGACGACGCUCAGCAGAACAUACCGAUGGGUCAUGUUGCUAAGAUGAGGCAGGCGGUGGACGAGUUAAACCGGGCUAAGAGGGUUAAAACAGGGGUUAAGACUGGAGUUGAAAUCGUGCCGAAGGGGAACGAAUGUAAGACCAAACAGCCGAAAUCGUGUCCUAUAGACGGGGAGGAAGACGACGACUUUACCAUAUCUUCUCUCAGCGACAGAGACAUGUCUCCUGUCGAAAUGAAAGUAGACAUCAAGCGUAGCUCCCGUAACGGUAUAGACGACGUGCUCUGAACAAUCCGCACGCGUCACGUGACUUCAUUCACCUCGAGUUCAUGUUGCCCAGUAUUUCAUAGUUUCUACCCUGUAGAGUGGAGCAAUUGUGCUUUAAAUUACUCUUAUCAAGUUAUCCGGAACUCCUAUCGCGUCCUGCAGAACUUCUACUACGCUCGUUUAUUCAGAGAUUUAUUAGAACGACCUCCGAGAUCAAUCAAGCAGAUGUCUAGAUGAGAUCUCCAAAACUGCUAAACUCUUAUCUGAAACAGUAAAGACUAUCUUGUAUUAUAAGGGUAGUGAUAUAGAACCUUGUUGUUAUUAUAAAUAGACUGUACCUAUCUUGUAAAGUUUUAUAAUGUUCAGAACGUUCCUUAAGAUUAUUGUUUUCUGCUCUUUUUUUCUCACUUGGGUUCUCACUCUUCUUCUCUUCUAUGUUCCGUGCUUACAAAUGGAAUUAGAUUCUAAUCUUGAAAGAAAUGUACUUAUUAAAUAUUUUUUCGUUAAGGGCUAUUCGAAAAAGAAGACGUUCAAUGGUCUGCCAAAUAGAGAUACGUUAACGAAAACAUUUUUCACUUCCGAUUCAAGGAAAGGAAAGGAAUAGAGAGUUUAAACUAAAAUUGUGAUAAAAGCAAUUUUUUGGACGGCCUAACGAUGAAAACCACAGAGACUUACAGAGUUGAUCUUAUUAUAAUCCGAAAAUUGUUUAUUAAUAAUUGUUUAGUGUGAUGAAUAUCUGAACUUGGGUCACUUUCCACUUUCUCUAUCAGUCCCUUCAAGUUUGCACAGUAAACUUAUAAAUGUAAAUCUCAUGCAUUAUUCCGAAUAUCUGAGAAUCAUUAUAUUAUCGUGUAUUAAAACUAUUUAAUGUUAGAGUUUGUUUAAUUGCAUUAUCAGAUUAACGGAGAGAAUAAAGGAUUUGUCUACAAGUUUUAGUACUUAUUAAGACGUAAUCUAUGAUUUGGUGUCAGCUGUUAAACAUGAGCACAGUAUAAUUUACUACUUAGUCGAUUAAUAUAUUGUACAUUCACCCCAACUUAUUAAUAAAGUUAAAUGAAAAUAGGGAUCGUUUGAAAAAUCAAAUUGCUUUACUUACAAAUAUGUUUUACUCACGUGUAUUGGUUUGGAAUAAUAAUUUUGACUAAUUACCUAAUUAAUCAAUUAGUGGAUUGAUUUUUGUCGUGAAAUAUUUUAAAACAGAGGAUCAUUUUGUGUGAUAAUAAAUCACUUUAGCUCUAGAUUGAACACGCUUGUAGCUGUAGGUGUAUGACCAAUCAUAAAUUUGGUUUAUUUAAGCAAUUAGUAUAUUGUGUAAGAUAUUGAGAUUUCAUAGAAUAUGAAUUUUA